GUGAGCUGUACCGGCAGCCGGUGCGGAGCGCUCCGAGGCCGCAGGCUGCACCCGGCACCCGGCCGGCAUGGCGCCGGCUCCCGCCGCUCGGGGCUGGCCCCGGGCCCUCCUGGGCCGCGUCCUGCCCGCCCGGCCCUACGGCCGCAGCGCCGCCGACGGGGGCCCGGCCCGGCCCGCGGGGCUGUACGAGCUGCUGGGCGUGUCGGCCAGCGCCACGCAGGCGCAGAUCAAGGCGGCCUAUUACCAGCAGAGCUUCCGCUGCCACCCGGACCGCAACGCGGGCAGCGCGGAGGCGGCCGCGCGCUUCACGGCGCUGCACCAGGCCUACGCCGUGCUGGGCAGCGCCGCCCUGCGCCGCAAGUACGACCGGGGCGCGCUGAGCCGCGAGGACUCGGCCGCCCGGCCCCCGCCCUCACCCCCGCCGCCCGGCCAGCGCCGCGCGCCCGCCCGCCGCCCCCCCGCCGCGCCCGUCUUCGACUUCGACGCCUUCUACCGCGCCCACUACGGCGAGCAGCUGGAGCGGGAGCAGCUCCUCCGCGAGCGGCGCCAGCAGCGCCAGCGGCGGCAGGAGGAGGCGGCCAAGCGGUGGCAGGCGGACAGGCUGACGCAGUUCUCGGUCGCCGUGUUCCUGCUCUCCGCCAUGGUGCUGCUGGUCGGCAUGAAGUGAGGGGCCGGAGCGCAGCCUGGCAGAAUGCGCCGCCCCCCGGACUUGGCCCGAGGUUUGGCUGUGCCGGUGGACAGGCCCACACGGGGAAGGGAGCUGCGGAGAUCUCUACGAUUCGGUCCCUAACGGGCCUUGUGCUUUUGCAAGGACGCCUUAGGGGAGCUGAAAUGCCAUUAAAAUAUCUUCACAAAUCGGUUUGAGAUCCGAAUUCCUUCACUGCAUGGAUGGGCAAAUAUAAUUACCCUUCCAGAUCAGAAGUCUCCUCUGACACUUGCCUGCCAAGAGCAGAAUUCAGGGAGCUGCCCUUCACCUGCCAGAGUUGGCGAUGUUUCUGCCACUCACCGCGGGGGAAAGAAGGCAGCUUUUUGCUGGGUUUUAGGUGUUAAUAGAAUUCUCUUCCCUGAACUCUAGUCCUAAUGGGUAUAAAAUGCAUUUCAGUUCACCUUUGAGGCUCAAAUCCUGCAGUCUCAUCCAAAGGGAGUCCUCUGGACCUGCUCGCUUCAGGUAUGUCUACACUUAAAAUGCUAAAGUGACACAGCUGUGCCAUUUUAGCGCUUCAGUGUAGAUACUAGGUACACUGACAGGAGGGAUUCUCCCAUCGGUGUAGUAAUCUGCCUCCCCGAGAGGCAUUAGCUAGGCUGAUGAAAUAAUUCUUGUCAACCUAGCACUGCCUACACUGGGGUUAAAUUGGUAUAACUAUGUCUCAGGGGUGUGGGGUUUUCACAGCCCUGAGAGGUAGCUAUACUGAUGUAAAUUCCUAGUGGAGAGCAGGCCUAAAAUCAGAUUGUAGGGUGAGCCUAACUAGGCAAAGACUGGGUCCUCCCUAUUGUUUGCACUUUAUGAAUGAGUAGAUUGUAUUCUCACUGGUGCUGAAGAGUAGUUUGGUAUGGGUCUUGAGUUAUCAAGAACUGACAGAUGCUAUCUCCACAAUGUAUAGGCAGCUGGUUGCUCUUACCACCUCACUGAGCUGGGCUUGCUGCCUUUGUUAUUGGCUCCCCUGCCUCUCUUGGAGACCUGCCUGACUUCUAGUACACUUGGUACCAAAGGUUUUUGGUUUCAUUAGAACAGCUCAGGAUGGUGGUAGCAAAUAUUCUGUCUUGUGGUGUGAGGCCACCUGCCUGGGUCUACAAGUCGAGAAGGGUUCUUGUCUCCCCACUUCUUAGGGUCUUCCAUAAACACUGCUCUAUGUUUAAGCUGUGGGGAGCCUGCCCUGUAGAGGGCUGAUGUACUUGGCUCCAACCUAUCUUCCCAGAGGGCUUCAUAACUUGGAAGCGUAGCAUUCUGGGUACUGAACUUCAUUGUGUUCUGAUCCGUGUGUCCUGUGUGUAAGAGGUGUUCAGACAAAUAGGGAUAUUAUAUUUAUAUGUAACGAAAUGUUGAGGUGGUUUAAGACCGAGAAUGUUGCAGUGGAAGUGACCUUCUUCCCUCUGCAGGUGAGGGUUUUACUUGUGUUUCACUUGACUUUGCCACGCAGUAUGUAGUGAACGAAAUCCAUAGCUGAAAAUGGAUAUCACAAGGUAGCUGCUGGUGUGCCAAGGAUUUCACUUUCUUACUUUCUCAUUUGCAUUAGAUCCACUGUGCUUGGCUCAUAGCCUUGAGCACUGAAUCCCAGCACUCUGCCUCUCACUGCAGGAAAUUUUCAUUUUCCUGUAAAUAGGGAAAUGCAUAGAACAGAUCCCCGAAACAACCACAGAAUCCAGAGAUGUUUUCUGUAUGAUCAGAGGAACGCUUGCCCCGUGGGUGAGUGUUCUGCCGCAAGGAGUGUUGUGAGUUAAAAGGACUACUUUGCUUGUCCCUCUCUUAUUUGAUAUUAGGCACUGAGUCUAAUCCCCCUGUCAGGCUGGGGUGAGGUGUGUGGUUG